AAAAAAAAGCACAAAAAACAUAAAAAGAAAGAAAAUAUGCCGCCGCCAUCAACUCUUUCGCAAUUACAGACGACUCCUGCCUUUGCACCCAACGAAUUGUUGAAAGAAAUGGGGUUUGACAUUUCUUCAACAACUUUCACUUCUUCUUAUUCAACUGUGUCACCUACAACGGUCACCAUCAUGGAUGAGAAGAAGUAUGAUCUUAACAUUUGUCUCUUUCAUCUCUGCAAUUUGGAAUUGUUUCAAGCCAUGUCCAAUAUGGAAUGGUACAUGAAAUUCCCUUUCUCUAGGGAGUGUGGAGUGUUCACGCACAGAAACGAGCAAAACAGUUAUAUGGGUGUACUCAACAGAAAAGUGUACGACACCUACAGGAAACUCAAAGGAACUGUAAUGUGUGAAUGUAAUAAUCAGGCUUCCCUCAAAGUAAGCAAUUCACCUCAAAACCCAGGAAGACCUUUUUUUGCUUGCCGCAAUAAGGGUGGAUGUCGAUUCUUUCAAUGGGCAGAUGUAGGAUUUACCAAGAAAAAUGAACAACUGCAAAAACUAUUCAAAGAAUAUGGCAGGUUUUAA